AUGGCGGUAGCAAAGCGAAUGCUCGGCCGGGUGGGUAAGAAUACAAAUAUCGAGCAGUCAUUCUUCGUGACAUGGGGAUGCAAUACAUUCAUCGGGGAUGAUGUCUAUAUCAACCGCGACGUAUCAAUCACCGACAACUCCCUCGUCGAAAUAGGUGAUCGUGUUUUGAUUGGACCAGGUGUUUGCAUCUGCACGGGCACACAUGCAAUCGAUGCCAAGUCGCGACGGGAGAAUGAGGGUACAUCGUUCGCACAGCCAAUCAUCAUCGAGUCAGAUUGUUGGAUAGGUGCUGGAGCUACGAUUCUACCUAAUGUACGCAUUGGAAGAGGGACUACAGUUGCUGCUGGGACUGUGGUAACGAAGGAUAUUGAAUCGGGGUGUUUGGCGGGAGGAGUGCCUGCCAAAGUUAUUCGGAAACUUGAAUAG